AUGAAAAUUUUGAAAAAAAAUACAAUAAAAAAAAAUAAUACAGAUACCUACACAAAAGAGAAAGUUAAAAAAGAUAAAGAAAAUGGUGUUCCUAAAUUAAAAUUAAUUAAAGUAGAUCAAUUUUCUUUUGUUGAUAUGUCCAGUAUUAAGUUAGAAUCUGAUAUAUUAAAAUUUAUUGAAAAUAAUAAAAAACUUUUAGAUCUUUAUAAUGGAUUUGUAAUUGAUAAACAAGUUGAAAUUAAUGAAUUUAUUAAUGGUGAUUAUGUAAAACAAGCAUAUUUAUAUAAAGGAUUGGUUAUUAUUAAUACAUUAACUGAAUCUAAUAUUCAUGCAAUUACAGUUGGUAUUAUAAAUGAUACAUUGGCAGUAUAUAGAUGGAAUAAUGCUGAAGUUGGAACUGCAGGUACUGGGUCAAUUGCAAUCAAUCAAAAUACAUGCCAACAACCAGAUGGUCAAUUAUAUAGAGUACCCCAAUUUCCUUUACUUCAAAAUCCUUUUCCAGUUUUUGCACAAGAUGUUUAUUAUAAAUCAUUACCACCUCCAGCAGCAAUGCAAAAAAUUAUUCUUUAUUUUAAUGUUCCAACAAUUAAUGCAUUACUUUUUAUUCAAAUCUAUGAUAGAGAUCCAUUAUAUGGUGGUAAUUUUAAAGCAGUCGCUGGGUUAUACCAAAGAAAUUUUAGUAUUAUAUAUCCGUCAUCAAUCAUCUCUUUUGGUAGUCAACCAUUAUCUGCAAAUGAUAUUGCAACAUAUAAUCAAUUAUCUAAUAAUACUCCAAUUACAGGUUACUUACAUAAUAAUAAUAAUUUAAACAACAAUCCAAACAAUCAAAUGUUUAUUAUUACCAUCAAUCAAGAAACAUUAUAUAACAAUCCAGUUCCUGUUGGUACCGGUCCAUUGGAACUUAAUCUUUUUAUUGUAAAACAAAAAAUGGACCUUGUAGCAGAUUUCCCUGCAACAUUUUAG